GAAAGCAAGAUGGUUCACCAGCAGCUCUACUGGAGCCAUCCAAAAAAAUUUGGCCAGGGUUCUCGCUCUUGCCGCAUCUGCUCAAACCGGCACAGUACGAUCCAGAAAUAUGGCCUCAAUAUGUGCCGCCAGUGUUUCCUCCAGUACAUGAAGGACAUCAGCUUCAUUAAGUUGGACUAA